AAUAUCUUUGGGACAUGUGGGUGCCGGGAUCCUGAGCAAAGCUGAGAUACAGUCUCAUGAGGAAGGGCCUGAAAACCUGGAGCUUCCGGACAUGUUACAAGGGGGAUCAGGAGAGACUGCUUGCCAGAGUCCUCAGCAGGAAGAAGCCUGCGAGAAGCAGAAGAGGAACCAAGUCAGGAAUGUGUCAGAUCCCUUAGGAGAGUGUGAGAACAGAUUCAGACUUCCCCAGCCACUUUCACAGGGCAGACCUGGGGCCAUGGGAGAUCUUAAUAGCCAAGAGAAACCCCAUAAAUGUAUAGACUGUAGGGAAAGCUUCCAUGAAAAGCAGGAACUCUUGGCCCAUGGGAGAGUCCACAGGAGGGAAAGAUCCCAUCCCUGUGCUGAAUGUGGGGAGAGGUUCAAGCAUCGGUCAGAGCUUUCUAAACACCAAAGAUCCCACACAGGGGAGAGCCCCCAUUCCUGUGGGGAAUGUGGGAAGAGCUUCCGGCAUCUGGCCACGCUUGCUGCGCAUCGCCAAAUCCACAUGGGGGAGAGACACCAUCCCUGUGGUGAGUGUGGGAAGAGGUUCAGCUGCCCCUCAGAUCUCAGCGAUCACCAGAGGUUGCAUGCUGCCGAGAGGCGCUAUGCCUGCCCUGAAUGCAGGAAAGGAUUCAAUCACCCCUGCGAACUGAGCAGGCACCUGCGAAUGCACACGGGUGAGCGCCCCUUCCCCUGCCCUGAGUGUGGGAAGGGGUUCAGCCAGAGCUCGGAUCUCAACAAGCACCUGCGGGUACACACGGGCGAGCGGCCCUUUCCCUGUGCUGAGUGCGGGAAAAGGUUCAGCAAUAGGUCGGAUCUCAACAAGCACCUGCGGGUGCACACGGGCGAGCGGCCCUAUCCCUGCACUGAGUGUGGGAGAAGCUUUAGCCAGGUCUCCGCACUCACCCUACACCAGAGAACCCACACUGGAGAAAGACCCUACGUCUGCGACGUGUGUGAAAAAAGGUACACGCACCCAUCAAACCUCAUUAAACACAAGAGAAUCCACAUGGGGGAGUGACCCUGGGGAAGGAUUUGGGGAGAGAGAGCCUCUGGUGUGCUGCCAGAGAAUCAGCAGCAUCACAAUGGCAGAUCCCAAGGGACAAAGCCUCCUUGCAGAUCGAGUGCCACGCAGACUGAUUUCUAGCUAGAGCCUACCAGAGAAUCCAGCUAGACAACUGAGACCUUGCCAGACAUGGACUUCGCUCCAGACGUAUGUGUAUAAUAAUGUGAAACUGAGGAACAGGAACCACUACUACAGAGUUUGAGAAACAUCGGCCCCUGCCCCUGACUCCCACCAUCUCCUCCCAGAACCAGUGGUUUAAACCCCUGGGAAAUGAGGAAGGGCUUUCUCUGAAGAGUUGUCCAGUGCCAGAAAUCCCCCAGCAGCAAUUAGUCCCUUACUUGCGUUUUACCAGUCAGGGGGUAGCUUGUCUCUUCUCUGCAUCCGUAUGAACUCAUUUUGUUCCCUGCUCUGGCUUCCUCUAUGGCUGGGAUGGAGCCUACUUGGGGCUCUCUGCCUUUGGGUAAGGGAGGUUUCUUUAGAUGUGUUUGGGAUUCCCCUGCGACUUGCUAGGGCUGUGAGCAGGAGGAGGUAGAGAAACGGUUUGUCCCAUGGGUUGGGGAGGCCCUAGCAUCCACCUGAGAGAUGGCUCCAGAACCUUGCACAACAGAGUCAGUUAAGAUCUUUACAGAUUCCAGACCUGAUUGUCCUCUUACUCACAGCAGUUUUACACUGUCACUCUCUUGACUUCAGUGGAGUUACUCCUGACUUACACCAGAGGAGGACCAGGACCAGCAUCCCCUGGAAGCUGAGACUAGAUUUUAUUCCUGUCAGGAUUCUCAGAGCCCCCUGCCUAACUGAUUUGAGGUGUAGAUGUGGCCUUGGGGUAGGAUCAGGCUGUUGGUGUCUGAGGACUGUUUGGAACUUCCCAGCAGAUUUAGGAUCUCUCCUUGGUGGAGUCCCUCCUCCCAGAGACUCUUCUCAUGGGAGCCAUGUAGUAGUUCUGCAUGGUAUUUUAAUCCUACACUUCUAGGAUUGCUGACCAUAUUUCUGCAAAGGAAGCAAUGCUGUAACUUGCAUGGGAGGUGCUUUCAGGCUUCCAGCAGCUCAUUGGCCCAGACAGAAAAGCUACCUCAUUCCUUUGGCCUUUAUUU